UAGCAACAUAAAUUAACUGAUGCAAAUCGAUUAACUCGAGUUAAAGUCGGCUAGGAAUCGUUUUGAUAGCCUAGCUUCUUUUGUCAAACGGAAAUACGAAAAAUUUACACCCGUCCUCGAAUGAGAGAGCGCAGGGAAGCAGAGCGAGAACCAAUCGACGGUGUGCCAUCCUAUCGCAUCAACAGACGCCUCAACAUCGUCACAUAUUUGGUGAGUCCUGCUGAAAUAAGUCUCGCAUUUGCUGCGUGCCACUUAAAAACGACGUGUGAAAGUCCGUGUAUCAGGAAGUGGAAGUAUUCUGCCAUCGUGCUCUCUGCAACUUGUUUGACCAGAAACAGACAUUCGCUACAUGUAGCCAGUCGUGUACCGAUUUGGCAGUUUUCCUUUACCUUGAAUUGAUACACAGCCACUGACGGCUUGAAGAAAAGUACCUACGUCGCAUAAGAGAGACCUAAUUAUUGUCCUUGUGUGUCGAUCGAAGUGAAUUGAGCUGAUAUUCAACAGUUUUAGGAAAAAGAACUAAAAGAAAAGCAUAAACUAUCAGCAAUGAUGGACCCGGACGAUGGUGACCUGAUUGAUAAACUUAUGUCGCCGGUGGGAUCAUUCGGUGCUUCCAGUGUUGGACAGCAGAAGGUGAUUGUUCAACGAAAUUCGCCCGUUCUGUUUCCCACAGGGACUCCUCUAUCGAUCAACGCCACUAGCUCGUUGUUGGUACCGAACUCGGUCCCGCUGACGGUUGCUCCCCAGCAACUAUCCUUUGGCACCACAACCGGUCCCGGAGUAGAUGGUGGUCUCACGUUGACUACCGUCCCGACUAGUAUGACGAUGGAUUCCGCAUCGGUUAUUGUGCUCAAUAAAGAAGGAACGGCCACCGCUCUGCCUCCGGGAACAAUUCCGAUUAGUGUAAUGACAGCGGCCGAUCCGAACCAACAGUCGACUUUCUUCCAGACAACAAACAUGCAGAAGGUUAUGGUGACUCCAGCAUCGGGACCCAGUGGAACCGCUAGUCUUGGUGGAGUGCAGCUUGUGUCCACCGGUAGCAUGAAAACAUUGCAGCAAAAGAUGCACACACCUGGCUUCAAGCUUCAAAUUGGAAAUACGAAUAUAAUGUCUUUGCAGCAGAAAGUGUUAAAUCCGGUAACUCAACAGCAGCAACUACCCCAGACCGUGACAAUGAUCCAGCCGAGUACGGCCACCAUUAUUGGUUCUAACGAUCUCAAACGUCUAUCGCCGUCUAUUAAAAUAUUGAAACCCAUUGCUCCGAAACCUAUCAUCAAUAGUUAUACGAGCACAGUUAUCAAACCGGCUCCGGAAAGCAAUAUCCAACCGCCGCCAGCUGCAGCAUCCAGCGUUUGCCAUCACGUGCUUCCAUUUGGCACCACGAUUAAAGUAACGGCCAGUAACGAGCAGAUGCAAAUUCCGGCAACCAAAUCUCAGCAGAUCAUUCAACCCUUAGUCCAGACACAACCGCCCCAACCACCAAUAGUUACCUUGCCACAACAACCCCCUCCAUCACCCCAGACCACUACCCUACUGAGACAAAUACGGCCCGUAUCCCCGGCCACGCAGCAAUCGGCCGGAGUGCAGUCACCCAACCAAAACAAGGUAAUUUUCAACAAGCUUUUCUACAAAGCUCCCGAAAAUCAACUUGGACCAGCACCCACGGCAGGCCAACCACGCAUCGUUCCCGUUACUCCGCCUCUUUCGCCAGUUUCUGUGCCCCAGCGUAAGAUCAUAAUAACAGCCCCUGGAGCCAGUGCCAAUCGUAAACGAAUGCUUUCUCCAGCUACACAAACAUCGGCACGUUCUACCCAAGUCCUGGUAACACCGACCGUAGCUCCCAUGCUUCCAGCGUUGGUUCCGCAUUCCUCAAUUGAACACAUUCCACCAACCAUUCAGACUAUGUUCCCCUCUGGAGGUAGUAGCUCAUCCGGUGGAAACAUAACCGUUACACCGGUUGUUCCAUUAGCCGAACAGCAGCAACCACUUGUUGCAUUCGCCGAGGAAAAGCCACAAUCUAGCGCUGAAGAUCUGAUGGUUCAACAAGAAAUUCCUGAAUCAUCCGAACCCGACGAAGAGUUGAAUGGACAAGGGGAGGAACUGAAGGUGACACAAUCACAUGGCAGCUCGCUAGUGGAUAUGUCGGAAACCGAGGUUUCUUCAACCACCACGGAGCAUCAAACCGCUGGAGAAGCUAAUCAGGAAGAGGAUCGAGACUAUUCCGAGGAAGAAGAAGAUGACGAUGAUGAUGAGGAACAGCUGCAAAUCGAUACCUUCCAGUCUUCUCAGGAAAGCACAAAGACCGACAACACUUAUGAGAGCAGUGGUGAGCAAAUUCCAGAAAUUCCGAAUGCAGUGCCGGUUCCAAUGGAGCAAAACGAUGAACCAUUGCUACAAACUCCAACCAAAGAUAAAUCUGACGCCUUGGAAGAUCUGUGGACUGAACAGAUGAAAAGCCCUCGGUUGCAGAAGCGAGCCAACUCCGAUAAUCAGAUGGAAAAGAGUCCACCCCGAGCAAGGCGUCUCUCUGAGCUUCCGAAACAAGAGGAAGAUGGGGUGAAGUUGGCUCAGCAGGAACAAUUUCCUCCGAUGCCAAAACCUUUGUCGGUAAUAAAGAAAUCCAAAAUGAAUCGAGCAUCUAAGUCAACCAUUAAUUCGUCACUUUUAUGCAAUGAAAAGUUUGAGAUGGAAUCUGACGAGAGUCGUAGUUUGAAGACUUCAGCUUCAAGCAUCAACACUAUAAGCCCCCUGAAAAAGGAAGAAACUGGAUCCAACUCUCCACCGGCAUUUGAUCAAGACAAAUUGCAGGCCGCGAUAGAAAUGUACAAAAAGACUCAAGCCAUGGUUAAGAAUCAAACCCGGGAAAAACGCAGGUCGGAUUCCAAAUCGGUCGCCGAAAAAGAAGAGAAAGAGGAAAAAGACUACAUAGAGGGCGAUUACGGGUCAACACCGUCGGAUUUGAUUAAAUGGGACGAUGGAAUCGGAUAUAUACGGGGCAGCUUUUUGCAUUUCCAGUUUAAUCAGUUCGGUUUGGUGGAGCCCAUGGAGAAUAAGGAAUAUCUAAGUCACGUGAAAACAAACGUGUAUGAAUCGUUAAAAGAUCCACUAGGAAAACGUACAGUAGCCGCUAAAACAAACAAAAAGAAGCGUAAGGUCGAACCGUCGGAAUUGAAUUAUAAAUGUAGGGGCUGUCGUUGUCGAGGCAGUGCCGGUGAUUUCGCCACUCCUGACUACUGUUCGGUGGCUUGUAUGAAACAAACAAAGAACGAAACUUUGCUCUCUAGCAUUAACAGGUCGAAGACUCUCCAGCGCAAGGGAAUCGCUUCUUCCGAAUCGGAAAUGUCCAACUACACACCGCUUCCAACCAGUGACGACGAUUCCCUAGGGAGCUCGCUCAAUUUUGCCAAUGCUUUCAAGGAACGGGCAAAUCUCCCUACAAAAGACAUCGCCGUUCCUAUAAAGCAGGAAAACACGCAGGAAACGUCGACGCAACCGAAAUUCGUCUGGGAAACCUAUCUCACCAAGGUUCAAGGAACUCCUUCGCCGCUCAAUCUGUUUGUCAACCCGUACCCUACGGUUCCGAAUAAAUUCCGACCGGGUAUGAAGCUUGAGGCCAUCGAUCCAGAGAACAAUUCGUUAUUUUGUGUUUGCAGCAUCGCCGAGGUGCGCGGUUACCGUCUGCGGUUAACCUUCGAUGGGUACUCAAGAGAAUACGACUUCUGGGUUAACGCGGAUUCUCUGGACAUUUUCCCACCUGGUUGGUGUCGAAAAACCGGCCGAGUUCUGCAACCCCCACGCGACUACGAAGGCGAUUUUAAUUGGAUGGAAUACCUGAACAAAACCCGCUCCACACCCGCUUCACGAGAUCUGUUUCAUCAUCUUAAAGCCACGACAAGCAACAAUCGAUUCGAGAUUGGUAUGUGUUUAGAGGCGGAUGACCUUAAGAAAUCCGGUAAAGUUUGCGUCGCCUCCGUCAGCGACAAAAUCGACAACCGAAUACUGGUACAUUUCGACGGGUGGGACGAACGAUACGAUUACUGGGUGGACAUCCGUUCGCCGUACAUUCAUCAUAUCAACUGGCACAAAGAGAAUGGGUAUAACAUUACUGCUCCACCAGAUUGGAACAAGGCCGAUUUCGAUUGGGCAAAGUACAUCCGACUCAAGUCGCGUCGUAUUUGCAAAGCAAUAAUUCCAGCCGAUAAGUCGCUUUUUGCCACCCGGGAUCCAUUCGACUUCAAAACUGGUAUGAAGCUGGAAGUGGUCGAUCGCAAAAACCAAAUGCUUAUAAGGCCGGCAACCGUUGUGGCCACCGAUGGGUACGAGAUUAAGGUUUGCUUCGACGGGUGGCCGAAUUUCUUCUCGUUCUGGAUUGAGGACGAUAGCUCGGAUAUUCAUCCGAUGAAUUGGUGCAAACGAACCACCCAUCCGAUCGAGUUCCCUCACAAUUUCCGACCUGCUUCAAUUAAAAGCACUUGUGAGGCACCUUACUGUCUGGGACAAGGCAAUGCUAAGAUUCCGAGUAAUCGAACUCAUACUCGUCUGGCAGAAUGUCCUUAUCGAACAAAUAAUUGGCUGUCAGAGGACCGUAAAAAGUUGCGACUCACCCAUACGCAAAUUUUAACGGCCAAUACCCUUCGGCAAUCAAACCCAUCGGAGUUAGCCCCUCCACCAGUUAAAAAGAUCAAAAAGGAACCAGAAGAAUUACAAGCACCAACUGCGAUAGUACAGUCGGAGUCUGCCAUCACUUUAAUCACCAACAACAGUGCGGCAUCAGUCCCCGCAAAAACCAUCCCCGAUCCGUUCAUCAAAACUGCUCUCCCAGUAAUCAGCGAUUUCGGCCCACGGCUAAAACAAUCGUAUAAAUUGUGGCGCCAAAGCUCGCGGGUACUGGAUCGCUGCGCACAGGGAGCUCAAUCGGAAUUCGAUCGCAAUCCGCUCCGCUGGGCGGCAGAGGAAGUCGCUUGCUACGUUGAACGGUUCCCCGGCUGUGCCGUCGUGGGGAAUCUCAUCCGCGAAGAGCAGAUAGACGGUGCCGCCUUUCUCAGUCUCACCCAGGAGGAUUUGGUCAAGUACCUGGAUGUGAAGUUGGGACCGGCUAUCAAACUGUACAACCGUAUCAUACACCUUCGCCUGGAGGUGGAAAAGCAUUUUCUCAAGUUUUAAAUGUAAUACCUAGUAGUAGUUGUUUUAAGGCAAACCGUAUGAAGAAACGUAGUUUAAUUUUAUAUGUUCUGUACAAAAUUGCAUACGAUAGAUUCACGUAUAUUGUGCACAGCGAUAAGCAUUGAGCUUAGUUGAAGAAAAAUUCAAACGGUUAGCGUAAAAUUGUUGCAGAAUAUUAAUCAUAUUUCAUAGAAUUUCCAAUCAACUAAACAUUACGUUUAUAAUAUCCGUCGUUCUCAAAUGUAAAUAGUGCGUUUCAAAGUUUGCUUCGCCGUAUUCAAAAGAAUUGUUUAUAAUUAGUCUAAAAAUAAUAUUUAGUGGAUAAUAAAACUAUCUUAGCAGUUCUUUGAACUGAUUUAUUUAAAA